CCAGACCUAUUGAACGUGGCAUUUUCACUAUUAGAGCCAGGGUCCAGAUGGUAACACAGUAGUUAGGUGCAUCUUUCCGCACUAGAUCAUUGCCCCGUAACACCAUCCAGGGCUUCUUCCCGAUCGAUCUGCGACUCUUGUUGUCGAAAAAAGCAGCGGAAGAGAAGAAGAUGGUGAAGGUGUUGACCUACUUUGGGAUGACAUUGGCUGCUUUCGCCUUCUGGCAGUCCAUGGACAAAGUUCAUGUCUGGAUCGCUCUUCACCAAGACGAGAAGCAAGAAAGAAUGGAGAAGGAAGCGGAGGUCAAGCGGGUUAGAGCAGAGCUGCUGCGGAAAGCUAGAGAGGAGGAUCCUCUUGCCUGAUCACGUUGUUUUUGGCUUUCUAUCAAUUCCCUACUCUCCUCCUUCACAUUUUAUUGGACCAUUAAUCGAGUUUGCAUAACAUAUAUGCUUUUGAAUUUGUGAUGAUCAUGAAUAAUAUAGCCUUCUUUGUAUCUCGCUCUUCCUUUGUCUUCCACAACAUUCUGUCUGUAAUUCUUGAUCUGCCUUUGUCUUC